ACUCCCCAUGCGCCCCGCGCGCUGGCCGGGUGGAAGGGAAAGUUGGCAAGUGCGCAGCGCCCGCGGGGGAAAGCGUUAAUGGGCGGCCGGGUGGGAGCAGCGCGCUGGCUGGCCCACGUCACGCCGGUGCGGGCUCGGCUGACGGCCGCGGCGCCUGGGGACGCCGGCGCGCUCCGCUCGCCAGGUGCUCCGCCUGGAAAUGUCUCCAUUAGUUGUCGCCUGCUUUCCGGUGGAGCGCGCGCGCCGAGCGGCGGCGCAGAGCCCUCACGGGCUGCCGGUAGCGUCCCGGCGCCGCCGCAGCGCCUAGGAGCCGGCGGCUCCCGAGCAGUGGCGGCGCCGCUCUGGGCCCCGCGCGCAGCACCCAGCCGGCCCCGCCCGCCGGCUCCGGGCCGCGCCCGCCAUGUCCUACCCGCAGUUUGGAUACCCGUAUUCGUCGGCACCCCAGGUGAGGGGCCCCCCUCGGGGCCGCGGGGGACGCCGCCGGACUCACCGGCGCGCGGGCUGCCGGCGACCCGGGGUGGCUUCCCGGCGGUCAGGGCCCGCGCCACGCGCCCCUCGCACGCAGCCCGGAGAGGGCAGGAGCCUGGGAAGGCCACCGGGGCGGGGCGGGACCCCCGUUCCCCUCUUUGCCUGCUCCUCGCCCCCGCCCGGGACUCCGAGGCCGCGCCGCGGGAGGGUCCAGGGCCCGGGAGGACCGUGGCCCCUGAGCGGCCUCUGGGCGGGGCGUGGACCCUCCGGGCCCGGGCCGGCGCGCCCUCUCGCGAGGCUCUUGGUGGGGAGGCGGCCCUGGGCCCCGGCCCCCCGCGCGGCUGCCCUCCUUCUCCGCGGUCUCCUCCUCAGUUCCUGAUGACCACCAACGCCCUGAGCACGUGCUGCGAGUCGGGGGGCCGCACGCUGGCUGACUCCGGGCCCGCUGCCUCGGCCCAGGCGCCCGUCUACUGCCCGGUCUACGAGAGCCGGCUGCUGGCCACCGCGCGCCACGAACUCAACUCGGCGGCGGCGCUGGGCGUCUACGGGGGCCCCUACGGCGGCUCGCAGGGCUAUGGCAACUAUGUGACCUACGGCUCCGAGGCGUCCGCCUUCUACUCGCUGAGCGGCUUCGACUCCAAGGAAGGCCCAGGAUCUGCACACGCGGGCCUUGCACCUGCCACCGCUGCCUACUACCCCUAUGAGCCUGCGCUGGGCCAGUACCCCUAUGACAGGUACGGGACCAUGGACAGCGGCACGCGGCGGAAGAACGCCACGCGCGAGACCACCAGCACGCUCAAGGCCUGGCUGCAGGAGCACCGCAAGAACCCAUACCCCACCAAGGGCGAGAAGAUCAUGCUGGCCAUCAUCACCAAGAUGACCCUCACGCAGGUCUCCACCUGGUUCGCCAACGCGCGCCGGCGCCUCAAGAAGGAGAACAAGAUGACGUGGCCGCCACGGAACAAGUGCCCUGAUGAGAAGCGGCCCUACGGGGAGGGCGAGGAGGAAGAGGGGGCUGAGGAGGAAGGCCGGGGGGAGCCUCUCGAGAGCACCAGGAAUGAAGAGUCAGUGGGCAAAGAGGAGAAGGAUCUGGAGCUCAGCGACUUGGAGGACUUCGACCCGCUUGAGGGGGAGCCCCCAGAGUGUGAGCUGAAGCCGCCCUUCCAGCCCCCAAACAGCAUCCGGGAGCGGGUGCGUGCCACACCUGAAGGCCCCAGCAUCCCGGGAAAGGAGGCCUCGGUCGCUCUCCGGAUGCCCCUCGCUGCUGGGGGUGGGGCUGCCUUGGACCAGGACCUGGAGAGGGCCCGGAGCUGCCUCCGGAACUCAGCGGGCAGGCCGGAGCAGCCGCCUGGCGCUGGGGGCGGCCCGCAGGCCUGUGAGGCCAAGCUGGGGUUUUCGCCGGCUGGGGCAACAUCAGGUCCUGAGGCCAAGCCUCGCAUCUGGUCCCUGGCACAGACGGCGACCGCAGCCGCCGCCUCCACCCUAAACCAGACUGAGUUUCCGUCAUGCAUGCUCAGGCGCCAAGGCCCCUCCGCACCUGCAGCCGCCUCCUUGGCGCCUGCCUUGUCCUCGCCUGUGGCCCCAGCCACCGGCGGUGUCCCUGACAGACACCAGGACUCCCCGGUAACCAGUCUCAGAAACUGGGUGGACGGGGUCUUUCACGACCCCAUCCUCAGACAUAGCACUUUGAACCAGGCCUGGGCCACCGCCAAGGGCGCCCUCCUGGACCCAGGGCCGCUGGGGCGCUCACUGGGGGCGGGCGCCAACGUGCUGGCAAGCACCUUCCCGCCUGUGCCCCAUGACACGCCAGCCAUUGAUGGCACUGCCAGCGGUAAGCCCUUCUGCGCCUAAGUUGGGCAGGCCCCUGAGCCGAGGAGGGAGCUGUCACUCAGGCUGCAGGCUGUCCCAUCACAGACUCGCUUUCUACCGAGUUUCCAAAGCAAAGGAAGAGCUCGGCGAAGCUCAGGCAGCCAGCCCACCAUAGAGGGAGGAUCUAAACUCAGUCUCCUGGCCAGUGGACAAGUCCCUAGGGCCGUCCCACCAGGCCUGCGGGCCGCACCCGGACAGGAUCCCAUCUGGGGUCAUUCCCAAACUGGGGGACUCGGUGGUUAGGGCUGCUCUCAGAGCAGGAGGGAGCCGCCAUAAGCAUAAAGUUUACGUCCAAAAGUUUACAUGGAGAAGACACUUCCGUUCUGAGCUGCUUCUGCUGCGUCCUCUGGGUUUGAGGCGUGCUGGUGUCCCUGUGAAGACUCCUCCACCUGCCGGCCUUCUGAUGCCAUCCUCAGCACAUGAUUUUCACCAACAGCACUUCCACCGAGUUUACACUAUUGCACACUAUUAAGGCGGUAAAGUUAUGUUUUUUUACAUGUAUGUUCACACCAGUAAUUGCCUGCUUCAGAGGCUAGUAUAACAAAACCAAUAAAACAGAAUGAUGGUGUUUGCAUUGCCAAAUGAACACGUCAGCCUUACAGGUCUGAGAACUUGCAAGAAAGUGCACAUCUCAAGGGAAGGGUGGGAUGGG